AAUCGUAUUAUAACGCCGGCCCAGGUCUGCAAACUCCUUUCCAGCUGCAAAUCUUUCGCCACGGUGUCUGUCACGCCGGGAUUUGGUCACCAAAUAAACCUCAGAUACCCCCCUCCCCUCUAUACUCCAGGCGCAGUCAGGAGCCUCAUUGCGACCGUGGACAGUUGUUAAAGACCAGAUAAGCCACUCUGGGAAUGGGACCACAAAUCAGAAGCGAGAAAAACUUUGCCUUCUUUCGGGUCUUCCUCCUUCGAAGACACCUCUUCAUCCAAAGGGAAUAAGCUUUUCCUCCUGAGCAGAAGAAGGAACAGGUGUAAGAAAAUCACAAAUGGGAUAAAGUCCCCCCCCCCCCCAUUGCCAAAUAGGCAUGAAGGCUGCAAGUACUUUACUUACAACCACUUUUUUAAAAGUUGGAGGUCUAAGAACAGAGCCACUGACUUUUAAAAGCAUUUAUGAUAUGUUUUAAACUGAGGUGUGGAGAUCCUGUAUUCUACACGGGCUCUAUCCUAGAAUAAAGCGACGGAAGUCUUUUGUUAGAAAGGCUGUGAUUUCUAAAGGUGCGUCUCUGGGGCCCUGGUGUAUGGCGCUAAAAGGUGUCGGAGAAGGUAGAGAGGUUUAUUGGUUUCCAUCUGAGUUGCAAUGGCAAAGUGGUUCAAGGAGUUCCCCAUCAAUCUGAAGAAUGGUACCGACAGGAUCCGCUCGGUCUCCGAAUCAGGCUCGCAACCGAGAGCCAACAAAGGCGGGCUGGUGGCCAGCAUUGGUACCAAAGCAACGGGCUCCAAAACGGGCCAUCGCAAAAACUCCACUGCUGACAGCACAGGCGGGGGAGGUGGAGGAGUCGGGUCGCUCCUGUCGGGAAGAAACCGAAAGAACUCCGCCGUGGAGCUGAGUCGAAACAGCGCGAGCUCCCCGAAAGAUGGAAAAGUCUGGGACAACCUCCUGUCCGGGAAGAGUCGCAAGAACUCCAAAGCGGAGCCGGUGUUUGAGGAGCAGCAAAGACCCCCGAAGAGCUCUCCGCCUGCCUGCGCCUACAUCAACCGGCUGAUCAGGGUGGACAAACAGGACAAAAGCCCCAACUUCAACAGCGGUACCAUCGGCAGCCAAGUGGUACCGGACGCAGAGAAACCAGCCCAGUGCAAAACAGAAACAGUGAUCAUUCUUGAGGAUUAUGCAGAUCCGUUUGACGCUCAGAAGACCAGAGACCAAAGGGAGGCAGAGAGGGUCGGGGAGAACGAUGGUUACAUGGAGCCUUACGAUGCCCAGCAGAUGAUUACUGAGAUCAGACGUCGGGGGUCCAAGGACCUGCUGAAGGUGUGUGUGCUGAUGGAGGGGAGUGAGGGGAACGCGGAGGAAGGUCAGGCCGCGCCCCUACAGAUCUAUGACGUCCCGUAUGAGGGAAGUGGUGACAGUGACAAGACGGCGGUCACACGGCCAGAGCUGGACCCUCGUCCCUCCACUGAGUACGAGCUGCCUUGGGAGUGGAAGAAGGAGCAUAUUGUCAAAGCUCUGUCAGCACAGUUUGACAGCCCUGAACGCCCAGCCAAAGAUGAGACACCUCACCCCACACUCACCAGGCAGCCCCAGCAUCCACCAACGCAGCCACUGCCUCAGCACCAGCAUCUGAGGCAGAAAAGCUGGACCCAGAAGAUCCUGCGUUCCUCGCCCCCAACCCUGUCACCUUCCUCCACCCCAGGCAGCAGCCCUGACACUGAGGCCUGCUGUGUGGACCCCUCCCUGCCCCUGGAAAAACAGAGCUGGUACCAUGGCUGUGUGACUCGCCAGGAGGCGGAGUUUCAGCUGCAGUCCCACAAAGAGGCCAGCUUCCUGGUCAGGAACAGCGAGUCGGACAGCAGCAAGUACUCCAUCGCCCUCAAGACGAGCCAAGGUUGCGUUCAUAUCAUUGUUGCCCAAACCAAAGAAAACGGCUACACCCUGGACCAGAGCAGCUGCGUGUUCCCCAGCAUCCCAGAGGUGGUGCACCAUUACUGCACUCAGCGUCUGCCUUUCAAUGGCGCCGAGCACAUGACCCUGCUGCACCCAGUGCCUCGCAUCCACUGACUCCAACCCAGCCCACGUUAGGUAUACAAAACAAACACACCUCUGGGCCUGCAUGGACAAAAUGUUUCCAGACCUCAUUUCUGGUCAGUGAAGCUCAAUGUGUACUUCUACUGCUAUGUCCUUAUUCUUAUGACCCUUCCUUAUUUGUUCUUUUAAAAUAAUUUCUAUUUGAUCAUCAGGAAAUGUCUGCAGCUCACACUGUGUCUUGAAACUCUGGCUUCUUUUGUCUUUAUUUUACUUUGAUGUUCAGCUGAUGCAAAACAGCCAGGCUGAUGUUUUGCAUGUGAACAAAGGGGAAGCAUGAGGCACUUUUAUUGAUUAAAUGUGACCUGGAGUUGGAUUUGAACAGGACUCAAACAUAGAUGUGAUGUUUUAAGUAUCCACUGUGACUCUAUUAAAAGAUACAGAUGCUAUUUUUAUUAUUGUUACUAAGUGAAAUUUAUUAUGAAGCAGGAAGUACUUUAGACAUGUUUGUGGCUCUCUUUCUCCUUCUGGUGGAUGUGCUGGUACACUGCACCAACUUACCGACGCCAAUUUUCUUCUUUCCUUGAAGUUUAUAGUUGGUAAAUUCCAUGCACAUAAGCAUAUCAUUCCACUUAUCAAGAUAUGAACAAAGACCAGCUAUUUUAUCUUGAUGCUUGCAGCAGAUUUCUAAUUUAUGCUCUUAAACUUGUUAGUCUUCUGUAACCACCCUUGUCCCUUGAGGUUUUCCUCUGUUUUACUGUGAAUGAGGGAGUUGUUUCUACUGUAUUAUCUGCACUGUGAAGAGUGAGUGAUUCACGCUGAUACAGCGGGCUUGAAGGAGGAAUGGGUGUAUAACAGUUAGAGCUUUUUAGGACAAGAACUGUGGCCAAGUUUCAUUUUUAGUUUUCAGCUAAAUAAACCUGUUCAUUCUGAGGAACGUCUGUAGGAUGACCCUGCAAGUUACUGUGAUCUGUGGUCUGCGUCGAACCAAUCUGGGUGUACAAAAGUUGAUGAUUUACAGAUAUACUGUAAGUACAGGAAAUUAACACCAGAUAAUGAAAUAAUGGAAACAAGAAAAUUGAUUUAAUUCCAUUAUCGGCAUAAAAGAAAUGUCAGUCUUGUCAUAGCCUCUCUCUUUUUAAUAUUCUUUAUUCAGACCCCUGUUGCUAAAAAAUAAUGCUGUUCUCCCUCGAGGUGUAAUGACCCCUGGUGCUAAGAGGCAGAACAGCAAAUUGAGAAGUGGCAACUACUGUGUAUUGUAUUCACGGUCUUAUUUUCUUUGUGUAUUCUAAAUGUAACUGAAACAUCUGACAUUUUGUGUUUUAAUUUAGUGAUAUGCUGGAAAUCAUUCGGGCAACUCUGAUCUGGAGCACAGCCUGAUGUUAGCCAUCAGACCGACAAUUAAACAUGGUAUAACCAAGGUUAAGUUUUAUCUUAUGUUAUAGUUUAUUUGGAGGUCUGCCAUUCCCAUGUCUUUUCAAGGAUUUAAGGGAAGUUAGUUUGGGGUUUUUGACAGAGCGUUCAGGCAGAAGUGAUCCAAGGAGACACACCUGCUAUACAUUUUUCACCAUUAUCUUUUGAUAUGAGGAGACCUGCUGUUCAAACAUUUUAAAACAAGUUAUAAUAAAAGGUCCUGAAUCUCAGUGCUGGAGAUCCCCUGUGAGCUUCUCUCUGAUCCCAAUAAA